AUGACCGACACCGAAAUUCCCAGCACACCAUUGAGGAGCUCCAGCUCCCCAGACCAUGUCCUACCCUCCGUUGAACUCACCUCGAACAGCUCUUCAUCCGGAGGUAGAUUAACCCCUGCCUCCUCUGCAGACGACUUGCUUGAUACCGGAAACAAUCGACGCUCUCUUACUCCGACCGCGCAGGCGAUCUUCCAGAAUCUCCGCCUGAGCGACAACCCAAGUGGUGCAACCCAUGCCUCUGGAGGGACCCUGCAUAACGGCCAGACUGCCUUCGAGUUGGCUCCUAGCAGUUAUACGACCUACAGGAACCUUUACAAUGCCACCCCGAGUCCAGCAGCUGUUUUGUCCUCAGAGCCGAUUGAACAACGGCCGCAGACACCCUCGUCCCCCCUGGGUGCUGUAGGCGCUUACCUUGCAAAUCUGAACUUGGAAGACUCGCGGAAUGUGGCAUACGAGGGUUCUGACCGCAACAGGGUCCCUAACUUGGACGAGGUCUUAUCGCUUGGUGACGGCGGCGAAGACAAUAACAGCUAUCCCUUCGAUAUCCGUGGAGAGGAACUUUUCCGGGCACCGAUCUACGAUAUUCGGCUUCAGGAUGCAUUGCGCGAUGUUAGAGGGCAGCUGGCAGACCUCGCACGCUGCAUGGGCAGGCGAGAGCAGGCACAGGACAUUACGACCGUAUUCCAUAACCUAUACGAACAAACUCUUGCCGCGAGCCGCUUUGCAUACCCGGCAACUCGGACUGUGGGAUUCAUUGGUGAUUCGGGAAUGGGCAAGAGCAGUGUUAUCAAUUCCAUUCUUGACCAAGAGGGCCUGGCUCGUUCGAACGGAGACGGCGCGGCCUGCACCACUGUUGUUACGGAGUUCCGUAGUAUCGAUGAGGAACAUCCAAACAGUUAUACCGUCGAAGCAGAUUUCAUGGACAAUACCGAGAUUAAAGAGCUUUUGGAGGAGCUGCUGUCAGCUGUCAGGGGGUAUUACACUGAUGCUUACCGGGAAGUUAGCGAACCAGAAGAACAGGAGAACAUCAGGAGUGCUGCCAGGAGAGCCUGGGAUACUUUACAGUCUCUCUUCCCUAACCAGCCAGAACUUACCCUGGAUUUCGUAUCACAGGAAGGACAAGAUGCAGUUGAGCCGAUUAUAGCAAGACUGGAAGAAUGGGCAAUGGCUGGCCAGGAUUCCAGACCAGGGGGUCGUGUUAACCUUCAAUAUUCUGUCGUGGCCAAUAAUGCUGAGGAAUGUAUGGACCAGCUGGAUACUAUUAUGGCUGAUCCUAGAGACAGUGAUAGACCUGCAUUAUGGCCUUUUGUUAAAUUGAUCAGGGUUUAUUUGAGAUCACCGGUUCUGAGAACUGGGCUUAUUCUUGCUGACCUCCCCGGAUUCCGCGAUUUGAACUAUGCUCGAGUACGAGCAACUGAAAGGUAUCUUCGUCACAGCUGCGACGAGGUGUUCAUUGACGUAAAUGCGAGAGAGACAGCACGCACAUCCCCUGGAGUUGAAGCCAGACAAAUCCACGACCUUGAUGGUCGGAUUAAGGCCGUGGAGAGAAGAAUUAGACAAGUGCGCACCCUCAGGCGACAGGCCGUUGGAAAUAGAAGCCAACACCUCUCUGCGGAGCAAACCAACCUGAGCGAGCAGAAAGAAGCACUUGAAUUGGAAUUGAAGCGGUUUCUUAUUUCAAGACGGAAUCAACGGGUGACCGAAUCUUUAUCGCGCGCCUGGGGUAGCCAAACCCGGAUAUUUUGCGUCAGCAAUCGACUCUAUGCAGACCACCGUGCGACGGAUGCAGAGCAGGCCAGUGCAUACCUCGAGCUUAGUGGCAUAAAGGAACUCCGUCGGUAUUGUCAGUCUGUUCCAGCAGAUGCGCAACUCCGCGCAACGGAGUCUUUCCUUCAAAAUCAACUACCUGCCCUUCUAGGCUCUUUAAUUCUGUGGGCAUCAGCGAGAUCAGAUGCCGUCACUGCAAGCCGGGCUGAAACCCUGCGCGGUGUUUUGGAUGAAGCAAGUCAGACUCUCCGACGGUCCCUUACUUCCCGUCAAUCGCUGGUCCGCCUUGCACAGAGCAGUCUGGAAGAACAGUUUGCGGGUUUGAUUGAACGUGGAAUACGUAACUCACGAAACGAGUGGAGAAAUGAUGCAAUUAACGCGAGCAGAGACUGGGCUACGUGGCAUCACAUGACAUACGCCGCCUGGUGCCGCAAUUAUGGAACAUACCAGACAAGAACGCAACCGUAUCGUUGCUGGAAUGAGGAAAUCCUCGGCCGCGGAAUUACCCAACUGUCUAAUAAAUGGGAUGUCAUGCUUGAUUUUCUAGAUGACAAGAAAGAUGACCUUAGCGAAGACGUAUCAAACUUGUUUCAAGGCAUCUGUGACACCGUUGAAGAGCACGACGACGCUGCACCAGACACGCUGCAAAUGUUGAUCCAGAACAUGACAAUGCGGCAGAGAUGUAUUAUACAUAGUAUUCAAGCCUCCUUUGAUGACCUAAUUUGCGCUACUGGGAAAAUGAGGCUUGACACGACUGGCGGGCAUGACAGCUCCUAUAUUGCAGGCAUCAUGCGGACGGUGUAUAACUCCUGCAGGGAGCAAUACGGCACGGGCAGCGAUUUCAGACGCAAACAAAUCAUGGACCGACAUCUUUCAUCUUCACCCUUAUUUAGAGACUUUGCCACCAGUAUAGCUGGUGAUUUCCAAGGCCUUGUCGAGGGAAUAUUUACUCGCUUAGACCAAAACCUGCGUGACGAGUUCUCAAAUUUAACGCAGGAUUUGCGAGUUUCGGUCACAGUGGAGAGAGACGAAUCCGAGGCUGGGCGGGAUCCCAGGCAUGCAGACGAACUACGGCAGAAAGUUGAAAGAAUCCAAACGACACUGGCUCACGCAUGCCAGAUUGUGACGCAGGUCUCGCAGAUGGCGGAGGAUUCAGAUUGA